AUGGCACUAGAUUCUUCUGCCUUCGCGUCUCUCCAGCGUGCAGCUAAGCUCUCGUCUGCGGCGUAUACCGGCUGUAUCGGAAGUGCUUUUGAUGUGACUAUCACCAAGCAGAUAUAUGACAUUGCGACCGACACCCAGAUCAUGAAGGGUAUUAGCAGCCCUUGGUCUGCGGUGCACGAUACUGUAAUCUCCGAGGUCCAGUCACUCAUUGCGAAGUAUCCGGACUACACCCUAGAGUCAACUGGUCACUCGCUAGGUGGCUCGCUCACCUAUCUAUCCUACGUCGCUCUAGCACAGAACUUCCCAGGCAAGAAGAUUACCAGUAAUGCUUUAGCAGCAUUCCCGAUCGGAAACACAGCCUGGGCCAACUUUGCCAGUUCGCAACAAGGCACUUUGAACCGCGGCAACAACGCCCUGGAUGGAGUCCCUCUUCGAGCACUCUGGAACCAGCGUGAUCUUUCUUGCUCCGCCGGAAAUGGUCUCGUUGGUGUGACCGCCGGCCAUUUCCAGAGCUUCGGUGUCAGCCUCGGUUAUGCUGGUUGCUCAUAA